UUUUGAUUUGAAAUAAUCAGUGAUUUGUUUGUGAUUUUCAUUUCAUUCAUUAAAUUAUGGUUUGAUUUGUAAUACAAUUACUGCUGUUUUUUUGGACACAAAUAUUAUCAUUAAUUAAAACAUAUGGCAAAUGAUGUCUUCAUUGAUCAUAACAUACCCAUUGCUUGUAAUCCAUUCCUCCUCUUCUCGCUCCGAUUCAUACGAAGACGUUAUUUCGACGACUCGUCCAAAAUCAAGGCCGGAGUCAUCAGCGAUGCGUUGAGGGAGGCGUUGGACGUACACGAAGACAAACUGCCGAUUUGGAUAUACCGGAUGCGAGUGCUCGGGUAUCCGCCCGGCGAUGCGUUGAGGGAGGCGUUGGACGUACACGAAGACAAACUGCCGAUUUGGAUAUACCGGAUGCGAGUGCUCGGGUAUCCGCCCGGGUAUCUAAAACAGGCUCAGGUCAGCACUCUAUCCAUGUUUGACGACUCGACCGCCAAAGAAGAUGGAGAGCUGAACGAGUCGACGACCGCAUCGCCCGCCACUCCUGUUCAGUACAAUAAAGAGUCGUUUGUCGAGUAUCCGGGCUUUAAUACACCCGUUCCCGAAGGCAUCAAAGAUGAUUGGUAUAUUCUUCGUAUGCCUCCGAUGUUAGAGCAGCAGCAGCUGAAGGAGGCGCUCAAGACUAUGCACGUGACCGAACCCGUGCCUUAUAAGCGUAUGAGACAGGAGCCGCCCUCCACUUCAACACCUGUUCGGCCAAACAAUUCAAAAGCUGAGGUUUCAUCAAAUGGUUGUGAAAAGGAUGUGGAAGUGAUUGGCGAACAAUCAAAAGACAAAUCAUUAGACAGUUCGCUAAAUUCAUCCCCAGAUUCUGUACAAAUAAUAAGCGAUUCCGAGGCCAACACGAGCCAAGUCUUGGAUGACUCGUCGGUUAAAGAGUCUUCGGAUAACGAUUUGACCAAAUCAUCGCUCAAUGAGAGCACAGACAGCGCUAGAAGACUGAAACUAAUCUCAAUGGGGAGUCCAAUGCCAGCGUCGGAGCGCCCGACGAGACCAGCAUUGGAGAAGUGGUCGGUAGGGAUGGGAGAACUGUUACACUUCGAGAACCCGUCCGCAUAUACGGGACAUUUUGACAAUAAAAUGAAAGGACUUAUUAACAAAAUUAGGCUCAAGAAUAGACAGACAUAG